AUGUCGCAGCCACUCAAGUUCUACUUUGAUUUCCUGAAUCAAUCCAGCCGGGCGCUCUAUAUCCUGCUGGAGGCCUCCAAGAUACCCUUCGAGGCCAUACCCAUCUCAAUGCUCAAAGGUGAGCACUUGACUGGCGAAUUCCGGGACAAUGUAAACCGAUUCCGUAAGCUGCCGGCCAUCACAGAUCAUGGCUAUCAGCUGUCGGAAAAUGUGGCCAUUUUCCGGCAUUUGGCACGCGAGAAGCUAGUGCCGGAGCACUGGUAUCCCCGUCGCCAUCUGGGACGCAGCCGGAUUGAUGAGUAUCUGGCCUGGCAGCAAACCAAUAUGGGUGUGGCCACCACAGAGUACUUCCAGCAGAAGUGGCUGGUGCCUUACCUGCAGAAGACACGACCUGCGGAUAAUGCGGUGAAUCUCGCUAGCAAACAGCUGGAGCACACACUUAACGAUUUUGAGCAGCUUUUCCUCAACUCCCGCAAGUUCAUGAUGGGUGACAAUAUCUCCUAUGCGGAUCUCAGUGCCAUUUGCGAAAUAGAUCAGCCCAAAUCCAUUGGGUACAACACGUUCCAGAAUCGCAACAAGUUGGCCCGCUGGUACGAGACGGUGCGCGAAGAGCUGGGUCCCCACUACAAGGAGGUGCUCGAUGAGUUCGAGACAAAGCUCAAGGGCAGCGGCAGUGGGCAGCAGGGUGUGGCUCAGGCGGUGAAGCAAUAGCCAAGGGAUCCACAUACCCUGGGUCCGUCCACAAAUCUUGUUUAGUUAUCAACCGAGACGAAGAUCCGAUUAUCAGUCUGUUUUUUUUGUUUGUCCUCUUAUUACUCUAAUAUAUUGUAUAUCUAAUAUAAACUUUGUAAUUAUAAUUGUUUUUUCGAUUCCAAUUAGUUUUAACACUCUGCUAACCCUUCCUAUCUAUCUCCUUUCUUUGUAGCUCUUGAUAAUUAUUAUUUAUCCAAUUAUUUGUGAAAUUA